CUCGCUCUCGCGCACACCGUAUCGUGCUCGUGCUCUUGCUUGCGUAGCCUUGCUGUCAGUAGUAGCAAAACGCAAUUCCCCCACAUGUGUAUGUGUGUCGUCUCCCUUUUCCCCCACCUCGACACCUAGGCCCGCCUGUGCAAACCGUUCCAUGCAAAACACAUCAUUCCCCGUGAAGUACGUCGUGCGUGCGUGCGUGCGUGCCUGUGUUUUGUUUGUGUUUUGUUUGUGUUUUUUGUGUGCGUGUGUGAGUGUGAUUCCUUUUUCGUCUGUGCGUUCGUUCAUGUAAGUUAGGACGCUCUGUCCGAAUUUCCGGAGCGAUCGAUUCCGCCCCCGGGCUCGGUUCCGCUUUGGUGGCGACGGCGAGACACGAUCGGAUCGAUCUUGGCUGGAGGUGACGGAUGACUUUGAUAUUCACACACACACCCCCGUAUGUGUGUGUGUGUUGCUGCAGUAGUCAGACGGUUUCGGACGGAGGGUGUGCCCUGCUGCGGUCCCACUGUGUGUUAGUUCGGUUGCAUUCCUUGAGCUGACCGUCUACCCCGCAUCGGAAGCGUCGGCAACAAAGUCAACAAACGGCUCUUGGGCGCGUUUGGAACUGUGUCUCGCUGGCAGUGGUCCCCAGGCGUUAGUCAUUAGCGCGAGCAGUACAUUAGUCGCUUGAUGACAUCAUGUUUUCCUAAGAAGAUUCAAAACACACACACAGCAGUAGUAGUAAGCACAGGGUGCACUCCUCGAGGCAGCUCCAGUCGGUCGCGGAACGCCACGACUUCCGGCUCGCACGGACCUCCCCCCCCCUCCGAACUGAUAUCGCUUAUCGGUGGCCUGCGAACGCCUUGUUGGAUGCCCCACACUGCAACACGUUUGCAACUCGAAACCAUCCCCCCGUCCGCCCGCAACCACACCGUGUCAACUCGUUCGUCAGUCAAAACUGGCGCCGCGCGCCACCACGAUCAACCCUGCGUGCGCAUAGUGCCCGCCCAACGCUGCCCCCGCCAUGGCACAGUGCAAGAUUGAUUUUGGCGAGUGCCUCAAGGAUUCGCCCAAGUUUCGGUUACGGCUCGAGCAGGAGGAGUCCGAGAUCGAGCACCUGGAAUCGAAGCUGGAGAAAAUCAUCAAAGCGUGCAGCGCGGCAGUGGACAGCGGCAAGGAGUACAUCCGGCACCAGAGCGCGUUCGCGACCUCGCUCUGGGAUCUGCAGAAGCACUUCCAGGACAGCAAGAACUCGACCAACGCGCUCGCCCAGCUGAUCCAGCUGCUGCAGGAGAUGAACCGGUACCACACGACGCUGCUCGACCAGGCGAACCGGACCGUGCUGAAGAACCUGGCCGACUUUCUGCGGCGCGACAUCCGCGAGGUGAAGGAGUACCGGCAGAUCUUCAACAAGGUGUCGGAGAAUCUGGACGCGGCCGUGUACAAAAACUCCCAGGUCAGCCGGAACCGGCCCGCCGACGUGCUCGACGCGGAGAACGUGCUGUCCGCGUCGAAGACGUGCUUCAACCAUACCGCGCUCGACUACGUCAACUACAUCACGCUGCUGCAGAACCGCAAGCGCCACGAGAUACUCGGCACGCUGCUGAGCUACUUGCAGGCGUGCAGCACCUACUUCCACCAGGGGUCGGACCUGUGCGAGGACUACGGGACGUUCUUCAAGAGCCUGGACGAGGAGAUUGGCGUGAUGCGGUCCGAGUACGGCGUGCUGGACAAGCAGAUGCAGAACCGGCACACGUGCGUCAACGAGCCCCGCUCGGACGGCGGCGGGGGAGGAGCAGAUGCGAGCGGCGCUGCUGGUGGUGGCGGAGCAGGAGCCAGUGAGCAUAGGCCGGGUGUGGAGGCCGGUGGCGAAAGUGGCGGUGGUGGUGGCGGCGGCGGCGUUGGUAGUGACGGUGGCGCCCGCACGCCAGGCUACAUGGAGGGCUACCUGUUCAAGCGCACCUCGAACGCGUUCAAGACGUGGAACCGGCGGUGGUUCUGCAUGCGCGACAAUCAGCUGUUCUACCGGAAGCGCACCGGCGAGGAGCUGCCGACCGUGAUGGAGGAGGACCUGCGGCUCUGCACCGUGCGCCAGCUGGCCGACUCCGACCGGCGCUACUGCUUCGAGGUCAUCUCGCCGACCAAAUCGCACAUACUGCAGGCCGACUCGGAAGCGAUGAUGAGCGCAUGGAUCAAGGCACUGCAGAAGGGCAUCGAUUCGGCAAUUCAGCACAACAGUGGGUACAGCAGCGACAUGCGCGGGCUGGCGGCGGGCGGCGGCCCGGGCGGCGGUGUCGGCGGCCCCGGUGGCAGUGGCGCGGCGGCGGCGUCUGACAGUGGCCGGCCGGGCGAUGGGCGCACGGACGCCAGCGGCCGAGAGCGUGGCGGCACGGGCCGCGCUUCGGACGGUUCGCGCAAGGGCUACAAGAAGAUCAACUGGACGCAGAUGCUGAAAAUACCCGGCAACUCGCGGUGCGCCGACUGUGGCAAUGCCGAUCCGCGCUGGGCCUCGAUCAACCUCGGCAUCACGCUGUGCAUCGCGUGCUCGGGCGUGCACCGCAGCCUCGGCGUGCACUACAGCAAGGUCCGGUCGCUCACGCUGGACGUGUGGGAGCCGGAGAUACUGCGCGUCAUGAUCGAGCUCGGCAACGACGUGAUCAACCGGGUGUACGAGGGCAACGCGGCCCGGCUCGCCCGCUUCGAUCGGGCGACCGACAACUGCGAGAUCGCGGUGCGCGAGGCCUGGAUCCGGGCGAAGUACAUCGACCGCCAGUUCGUGGUGCCGCUCGGCGGGCUCGGCAGCGGGGCGGCGGCGGCCGGCCCGGAGGACAGCAGCACCUCGUCCUCGUCGCUGUCGUUCAAGAGCCUCGGGGCGGACAGCUCCAAGUUUCCGGAGAAGUGGAGCAUCAAGAAGCUGCGCCGGCGCAGCUACCGCCAGCUGCUCCGCCGCACCAAUGCUCCAAGGAAGGGCGGUGGCGGGGUAGUGCAGGUGCAGGAGGAGGAGGACGAGGAAGGAGAUGAAGCGUAUGUGGAGGCGGCCUCCCGACUGCCCGUGACCGAUCUCGACGAAGAUUCCGAGCCGGACGAGGAGGAGGAGGGAGAGGGGGCGAGUGGAGCAUCGGGCGCGAAAAGUUGCCCGGACGCGGACGAGAAGGACGUGCUGGCCCGGGUGCCGAAGCAGUUCGCCGACAUACUGCUGAUCGGCGAUAACAUCCUCACCGACGAUCACAACCUGCCGGACGAGGAUCUGCUGCUGCUCAACUCGGACCAGGAGUCCACCAGCGGCGAGGAGGACAACGCGAUCAUGGAGUGCGAGGAGCUGGAGCGGCUGUCGCCGAACUAUCUGCUGUACAAGGCGGCGAGCGGCCACAAUCUGCCGGUGAUGAGCCAGGCGCUGGCGCUCGGCGCGGACAAGAGCUGGGCGAACCCGCACGACGCCGACCGGACGCCGCUGCACGCCGCCAUCCUGUCCGGCUCGGUCAUGUCGUGCGAGUUUCUGCUGCUGAACGGGGCCGCGAUCAAUGCGACCGACCGGUACGGCCGCACGCCGCUGCACCUGGCCGCCGAGCAGGGUUCGGCGGCGCAGGCCUACCUGCUGCUCAAGCACAAGGCGCGCUACGACAUCGCGGACGUGGACGGGCGCCGCCCGAUCGAUGUGGCGGUGGAGAAGGAGGACGCGGACAUCGUGACGCUGCUCCGGCUGACGCUGCUGAACGACGAGAUCGGGUCCGGCGAGGACGGGGAAGCGUACGCCGGCGGCGACUCGACCUACGUCGCGGUCAUGAACGAGUUUUCCCACCUCGCCAGCAAUCAGCCCCAGCGGCUGCAGCGCAAUCGCCACCAGCAGCAGCAGCAACAGCGACAAGCGCUAGCGGCCACCGACGAUUCCCACCCGCUGGUUCCAACGGAUCUGGAUGCAACUUCGCACGCGAAAAGCAACGUCGUGAGCGAGCUGUGAGUCGUCGUCGUCUGCACACGAAUCUCUUGCUGCUACCUGGACGAGAGAAGAGGGCAAAGGAAACACACACCGCAGUGCUCGAUUGUUUUGAUGUGCAGUGCAGGGGAUGAGAAGCAAACGAAAAGAAAGGGGAGUAGCUUUCAUUUCCCCAUUAUGUUCAACCGACCCAGCUGACCGAGCUACGCGAAGUCUUAUCGUGAUGAAGUUUUGUUUUUCUUUUUUUGUUGUGUGUAUGUGUGGGAUGGAUUCCUUUUUAGUCUUAUUUGCAAGUGGGAAGGGGGAAACUCUAUCUAUAAACAAAAACAAAAAUAAUUACCCCAGAAUGUAAGGCCAAUAAUGUUUCACGUUUAGAAACUUCUUGUGAGAGCAUUCUUGUUUGCCUCCUAUUGCUCGCCAAAGGCAAAGGGACGCCCUGCCUAGUAUUUGUAGGUGCAUUUAAUGCUAAUCCCUUCCGCUGCUCCCUGCCCCUCACAAACAAAAAUAAUAAUUUUGCCCCAUUGGUGUGUUUUGUGCUGUCCGCCCCCCGUCCAUUUAGUGUUGUACAUUUCGUUUUUCUCUUUAGCGUAUUAAUUAUUUUACACUUUAUUUUUUGGCACCUCAUAUGUAUUGGAUUUAAAGCACCACAAGAGCACGUUUUUCUUUGCUUUUUUUAUAAAGGAAGAAAAACACAUAUACGCAUCACACAAACUAACACGUUGACAUAUGCUACAACGCUUGCAGCAGCAAACGGUUUGUUGCAAGCGGUAGAGGUCGAACAUCUGCCCAUCUUCUAAUCGACUGUUAAUUGUUACGUUCCACCUUACUCCCACUAGCCCACACCCUGUAUCUAGAAACAAGCAAAAGAAACAUGCCUUUAUGAGGGUUUAUUGGGCGGUUAUUUUUAAAUGUUUUUUUUGUUAAGUGAAGCCUCUAGUAUUAGCACAACAAAAACCACUUUACCCGGUCCCGGCCCUUCUCCGUGGGUGAGAGAGAGAGAGAGAGAAAGAGAGAGAGAUAGAGAGAGAGAGAGAGAGAGAGAGAGAGAGAGAGAGAGAGAAAUAUAUAGAGAGAUAGAGAGAGACCGAUGCCCUUGGACAGCAGACACAUGGAAGCCUUAAAUGUCUCUCUCUCUCCCUAUCUCUCGAUUACGCAAUCUCGAGCCUAGAGCAUCGUAUGUUAAGAAGAUGUUAUAAUGUUAAUCUAUUAAUCUUGCACCAAAAAUAAAUGGGGAAAAUGAGACAAACGCAAA